AUGAAGUGUGGUUAUAGCAAGGUCUUAGAACAUGUUUUUGUACCGGGAGGACAUUCUUUUGCGUUGCGUCUUCGAAUGUCUCUCUAUCUAGAAGACGAUUAUAAUAACCCGCUACCUUUCCAUUUAAACCUGAUUAACACCAAACUAAAUGUGAGCGAAUCCAACUAUCCGAACACCGUUUUGUUUUAUCACUACACGAGUGAAAGAAGCCAUGAUUCUAUACAAUUGUAUAUUGGAGAUGAGCGCAGUUUGAAACUCAGUCAAUUUAAUCCGAAGAAACCAACGGUAAUUAUCACCCAUGGGUGGCAAAACAAUUAUUUGAGCCCACCAUGCGUCUACAUUCGUGGCGCCUAUGCUCGGCAUGGUGAUUACAACAUUAUCGUGAUCGACUGGGGUGCUUUAGCACUCGACGGAUUGUAUACUGUAGCAGAUCGGGUCCAAAGCGUUGCAAAAUAUGCCUCUAAAAUGUUAGAUUUUCUGGUAUCGCAAGGAAUGGAUCCAUCAACUACGACAAUAAUUGGCCACUCUUUCGGUGCUCACGUUGCUGGUCUUGCAUCUUAUUACGCGAAGAAUAAAGUAAACUACAUCGUCGGUUUAGAUCCAGCUGGUCCCGGUUUCCGCGGCAAAGGCAAGGGUACGAGACUCUCUAAGGACGAUGCGAACUAUGUACAAGCAAUUCACACUACUUUUAUCUUCGGCACGGUGGAUACAAUUGGCCAUGCUGACUUUUACGUGAACGGUGGUUUAGACCAAGUUGGCUGUUCAAUUCCUGUAAUAUGUGGUCAUAUUCGAUCUUACGAGUACUUCACUGAAUCUAUAAGCAGUAAAGGUUUUGUAGCGCGAAAGUGUGAUCAUUAUGCUGCAUAUCAACUCGGUUUAUGCAACUCGAAUCAAGCUGUUUAUAUGGGUGGUAUCAUACCGGACCAAAAUGCUAAGGGAACUUAUUAUUUGAAUACGAAUCCGCAUCCGCCAUUCGCGAAGAACUAG